UGUGUCGGUGACCGUGAGUAUGGACAGCCGCUGCCACAUUGACCUGAGCAGCAUCGUGGAGGAGGUGAUGGCCCAGUAUAACGCCGUCGUGGCUCGCAGCCUGGAAGAGGCCAAGGCGUACUCCCGGAGCCAGCUGGGAGAGCGGGCUGCCUGCUCAGCCGAGUCUGGGAACAGCCUCCAGAGAAGCCGCGGCGAGAUCGCUGACCUCAAUGUGCACAUCCAGAAGCUCCGAUCCCAGAUCCUCUCCAUCAAGAGCCACUGCCUGAAACUGGAGGAGAACAUCAAGGCAUCCGAGAACCAGGGUGAGUUGGCCUUCCAGGACGCCAAGGCUAAGCUGGCCCAGCUGGAGGACGCCCUGCAGCAGGCCAAGAAGGACAUGGCGCGGCAGCUGCGCGAUUACCAGGAGCUGAUGAAUACCAAGCUGGCCCUAGACAUCGAGAUUGCCACCUACCGCAAGCUGGUGGAGGGCGAGGAGAGUUGGAUGGACUUGCCCUCAGCCACUGUGAUCAGCUCUAUGCAGUCCAGAUGUAGAACUGCUGCCUCCAAGUAUGGCCUCUCGAGAGCCGCCUCCCGGAAAAAGAAAAACAGGGAAGACCUCGUGAUCAAGAUCACCGAAACCUCAGAAGAGUUCCUCUCACAGGAGCCAGAGCUCUCACAGUCACAGUCAGACGUGGACAGGCUGCCCAGCCAGCUCCCAAGCACCUUCUCUAGAAGCUAUUCUUGCCAUGACGAACUCCCUGGCGGGGAAGUGGGAAGCGGGGAGGCCACAUGGCAACUGGAGAUCAGGCAAGAGAACUGGACCCUCCUUUCUCCUCCCUGCCAUCCUGGGGUUCACCACCUUGCCUGGGAUCUGAGCUCUCUGCCUCCCACCCAGGUGUUUCCCAGCCUGAAACCUGGCUUGGGUGCACCAGGCCCUUGAGACCCCCUAGCCCCACCCCUGCCAUGAAACCCCAGGCCCAUUUCCCAUGAAUCCCACUCCUGGGCGUCUCUGUUCUCUCCACGGGGCCAAGCAGCCUGGCCCUCCCCUCCUCUGCACCCACACCUGUGGGUUAGAGCUCCUUCCCUUCUUCCCCCUCCUCGCCUCCUCGCUCCAUGCCCGCUCCCCUGCCGCUGGGGUGGGAGGGCAGGUGGGUCAUGAAGAAGGCACUGUCCACUCGGGUCUGGGAGCUGCUGAGCCCUUGAGGUGGGGCGGGAGGGCACCAAUAACGACCAAAGAGAAAUUCUGCAGCGAUCCAACAAGAAGAUUUGGGGCUGGGAGGAACGCUCUUCUUUCCUCCUCUUGGCUCUCACCUUCGGGGGCUUGCAGGGGGAUCCUGGCAGCUCCAGCCUGCCACACCAUAAACACCUUCUCUCCUUCCCUACCUGCCCCUUGCCUCACCUCCUCUUCUAGCUCCAGUUUUGAUUCAUUCAUCUUGUUUUCCAGGAGAGGGUGACCCAAGGCUCUGGCCCACUCCUAGGUCUCAGGGUCCUCCAAACCUGUGGGGAGCGCUGAAGGGCUACUGACUCUCAGGCUUGAGGGAACUCAGACAUAUACUCAUCCCUCAAGUCCCAAAAGGGUGCUGAUUGCUGCUUUUUCUCUGCCUAUUUAUUGGUUUCCAAGGGAGCAAAUCCUCAGUGGGGAUACAAGAUAUUAAAAAUAUAUAUAUAUUAUUUUUUCAUAACUUAUGUGUCUUUUAACUUAUUGCUUCUCUUCCUGUUUCUGCAUAAUCAGUGCUAUGUAUUAUACUAUCUGGAGAGACAACACAUACCCCAGCCACGCCACCUGACUGGCUGACUAUCUUGGGGCAAUGGCCCCUUCUCCCCGCCAAGGGAUGAAUAAAGUGCUGAGAUUUGUCCAUGGAUAAAGCU